UCUUCUGGGGGUAUUUUCGUAAAACCGUGGUUCUGCAUGCUGCCGUUAUCUGAGCCGCAAGAUUUCCGCUGUGUUCUGGAUGAAUGCCACGUCUUUGGCUCUGCCCUUUGUAAACUGGAUACGAUCUGGUGUAUUAAAAAAAUACCUCAUAGGCUAUAAUGACAUAGGUUGGCUUUGGAAUAGGAGAUCACAUGGGCCUCCGCCUAAAGGCUGACAUAUUAUAAAAAUUUGCUAAAGUGACAUGUGGUUUGGUCCAACCAUUACUCUUUCUGCCGUAUCAUAAAAAAAAAAAAAAAAAAUCCUAACACAUGUGCAUGUCACUGAAGAUCUAUUUGUUAUUAUCAGAAAUUUGGCAAAUAAGUGAUCACAGAUACAAAAAUUUGGUCAAUAUUCCAUGACUUGAUAACUUUUGGGAAAGUGUUAGUUCACUUUAAAUUGUAAAAUAUUUCUUUCCUGCAUAUUCAUCAAUUAAGAUAUUUUUACAACUAUGAAGAUUCGAUGUUAACAAAGAGCGAGAAUUUACACCUACCUCAUGUUAUUCCUUUUCCCAUUUUAUUAGUACAAAAAAACCUUUCAAUAUUUUCGCAAAAUUAAUUAAGUUGUUAUCUCAUCAUCAUAAAAUAAUAAAUUCUGAUAAAACUUAGCCACCGUAAAAGUACCCAAAAAAAAAAGCUCACUGCACUCAAUAUUUUCACAAAAUUAAUUAAGUUGUUAUCAUUACUAUAUAAUAAUAAAUUCUGAUAAAACUUAUAAAACUUAACCACAAUAAAAGUAUCGGAAAAAAAAACCCCACUGGAUAACUAUCGAUAUUAAUUAGGAUUAUUGAUAGUCUUUUGAAUUAAGGAGUUUGAGCUUCAAAUUUUUUCACCUAACUUGAUUCAAAAUCUCAAGACUAGCUUAGAAUAUUGGCCAACAAAAUACAACAAUGAUGACACAUAUCUGAAAAAAUCCAUAAACGCAUGUACCAUCUAUGCCACUCAAGGUUAGAUUAGCUUUUCCCCUUUAUGCAUACACUCAAAACUGUUACCACAGUAACCAUGGUACUACCACCAUCUCAAAAAGUUUUGGUUCUAUUCAAAAAAAAAAAAAAAAAAGUUUUGGUUUGUUUGCAGAAAAGGCAGAAACUCUGCCUAGAAACCACCAACUCUGCACCGUUCUUUCCAUCUCUCUACCUUUGGAUUGCAAAUUUACUGCCUUGCUGCUCCUGGACUUCAUCGCUUGGUAUCUUCCUCAAUCCAACGGAGAAAUCCAUUUCUAAGAUUAGCAUGGCACCAAACAUUUUGCCGCUUGAUAAAUUACAUCCUCAGUCAAGGAAUUUCACUGUUCGGUGCAUGCUAACAGAAAAAGCAAUCCCAAGACAAUCAGCUGACUCAGCAUCACAAUAUCAAAGACUUGUUUUCCAGGAUGCGCAGGAUAACAAAAUGCAAGGUAUUAUAUAUGGUGAUAAUAUUAAAAUCUUUGCAAAAAGACUCAAAGUCUACCACAUUUACGCAAUAACAAAUGCUGUCAUCACAAGGAUCAAAGAACGUUUUCGGUUUUUGCCAAACAUCUAGCAAAUUGUUGUCAACGCCAAGACCCCUGUCGAACACAUCGAGGUGGAUGGCCUAUCAAUCAGAACAUUGACCUACAAUUUCACACCGAUCACUGCUCUGCACGCUGUUCAGCAAGUUGAUCCCCAGCUAGAUGUUUUGUUUGAUAUCCUUGAAGUUGGCGAGCGCAGAAAAGCAAGAGGAUCAUAUGUUGUCGACCUCUUUGUCAUAGAUAAAGGAAUGGUGGUAAGUACAAUAUCCUUGUGGGACCAAUUUAGUGAGUAUGAAGCUGUUGAAAUGGCAAAAUUACGAGGGAAUUUCCCCGUUGCCAUUGGCCUGCGCUUGAAGUUAUCAAGAUACUAUGGUUUUGGAUAUGCAACACGCGGUUCAUCAAGUUUCAUUCUGAGCCCUCCCAUUCCAGAGGCAAUUGAGCUCCAAUCAUGGUGCUCAGCGAAUAGCUCAACAAUCAGAGAACUACCAUACCCUACAGUCACAGGAGCACGGGCGCUCAUCCACGACCCAACACAUCCAAAGAAAAUCGUCAAAAUACUUAACUUGCCAACAUCAGUUGACAAGGUUAGAUUAUUGCUCAUACCAAUUAGCCAAUUUCCUGAGAAACAAGUUGAAUAUCUGAAUGUCCAAGGUGACAUUCAAGUCAUUGACUUCAAUCAAAACUUCAUAUACUUGGCCUGCUCAAUCUGCAAUAAAAGCACCAAUGCGUAUGGAGAUAAUGAUUUCUGGUGCAACUUCUGCAAUAAAAAGGUCGCACCACUGCCAAAGGCAAAAUUAAAUGUGCAGAUCACUGAUGAUACAGGAUCAGUAGGUGCAACCAUAUUCACAGAAAAAGCAGAGGGCCUCUAUGAUGUGACCGCAACAGAACUUGCUCAACAUGCAUCUGCUGGAAAUCUGCCAAUAUCUUUGAUUGAAAAGCUCUCGGCACCCAAGAAACACUACAUCAGCUUAAAAGCAACCAUGUAUGACUACGGUGGAAUCAACCGCUGUGUUUUCAACAUCGACUCAGUCUCCGAGCCAAUCAAUGCUGACGAACUGCUGCAAAUAGAACCAUCCCAAGAACAACAAUCCCAACCCCAACCUCCAAAAACACCAAGCAAACGCGCCCAGGCAAAAGGCUCCAAAAACACCUCAACAGCUUAAUUACUGCACUGACAUGGAAGACGACGAAUUUGAACAGCCACUGAAACACAAGUAGAAAAAAGAGUAACACCAAUGCCAAAUCCUAGCAAACAGUCUCGGGAAAAUAGGCAUAGAGCAAAUCUUUUGUGUAAAUAGUUUGCAACUGUGUCUAUUUUAGCUAAACUACCAUCCUCUAGCAUGUAAACACAUAUUUUGCUCCACCUAUUACCAACAGACAAUAGAGCAAAUCUUUUGCUGUAAGUGAUUUGCAAUAUUGUCUGCUUAGUACGCAGCUAUUUUGAUCAACACAAGCAGCUGCUACACUUUGGCUUGUAUUCAGUACCUCUUAAUCUGUAUAUAAAGCACUUCCAAACUAUUUAG